UCCAAACCAAACCCAAGGCCCAAAUAAUUUAGAAAAGCAAACCACAAAGAGAACAUAGGAAGGGUAAUGCGGGGUGAGGAAGAGGAGAAGAAGCUUAUAGAUUAGAUUAGAAAAAGAGAAAAGAGAAAAUAGAAAAAAAAGAGAAACUCAGUGGAAUAAUUGAUGAAAAAUUUCUCUAUAUAAACAGAUAUCCACACACGCCAAUCCCUUUCUCUUGCUUCGGUAACUGCAGAGAGAAGGAACAAGAAGAAAAGAGAAGAAGCGGUGCAAAGCACAAAAAGCAGAAGGAGGAAUCGGCGGUGCUUCUCCGGCGAUCGCUCAUCGGUGCCGGCGAACUUCAGAUCGCUGUUUUUGCUUCUACGAAAUUUGAUUUUUCCGGAGGCAUUUUUGUUAGAAUCUUGCAGUACUGGCUUUUUAAGCUCACUGGUGGAAAAUUGUUAUAUAUGGGCUGAGGUGUGCUUUUCAUGGGAGGUGUGGAGGAUGAAGAACCAGCUUUGAAACGCAUGAAAUUAUCCUCUAAAGGAUUAGUUGGUCUCUCAAACGGUUCGUCUUCAGAGGAGCCUGUUGGAGGCUCUUCAAGUGACUUGAUGGCUCGGCCCCUGUCAUCUGAAGGGGACGGCGAAGUUGUUGGUUCCAAAGGGGUUAUAAAAAGAGAGGAAUUUGUUAGGAUAAUCACUAAGGCAUUGUAUUCACUUGGUUACAAGAAGAGUGGGGCACGCCUAGAGGAGGAGUCUGGCAUAGCCUUGCACUCUUCUGUGGUGAAUCUGUUUAUGCAGCAAAUACUUGACGGCCAUUGGGAUGAGUGCGUAGUCACAUUGAAUAAAAUUGGUCUAGCAGAUGAAAAUGUUGUUCGGGCAGCCUUGUUUUUGAUAUUGGAGCAGAAGUUUUUUGAGCUUCUUGAUGGGGGAAAGGUCAUGGAUGCAUUGAAGACGUUGAGGACUGAGGUUGUGCCACUAUGUGCUGAUAGUAGUAGAAUUCGUGAACUUUCUUCCUGCAUGGUUCUUCCAUGUGGCCAAGUUGGUUCUUCUAGGCAAGAUAUUGUACCGGUGAGGUCUCGGUCAAAACUGCUGGAGGAAUUGCAAAAACUACUUCCUCCAACAGUAUUGAUACCUGAAAAGAGAUUGGAACAUUUAGUUGAACAAGCCCUUAUCUUGCAAAGAGAGGCUUGCCAGUUUCACAACUCAUUGGAUAAAGAGAUGUCGUUAUAUUCAGAUCAUCACUGUGGAAAAAGUCAGAUACCUUCUAGGACACUACAGGUAUUAGAAGCACAUGAUGAUGAAGUAUGGCAUGUACAAUUUUCGCAUAGUGGGAAAUAUUUAGCUUCAGCAUCAAAUGAUCGAACUGCAAUCAUUUGGGAGGUCGACAUGGAUGGUGGACUGUCAGUCAAGCAUAAAUUGUCUGGUCACCAGAAACCUGUUUCUUCUGUUUCAUGGAGUCCUAAUGACCAAGAGCUCCUCACAUGUGGCGUGGAGGAGGUUGUUAGGCGCUGGGAUGUCUCUACUGGUAAGUGCCUGCAAGUUUAUGAAAAAGCUGGUCCUGGCCUGGUCUCAUGUGCAUGGUUUCCAAGUGGGAAAUAUAUUCUUUCUGGCCUCAGUGAUAAGAGCAUUUGCAUGUGGGAUUUAGAUGGGAAAGAAGUGGAGUCUUGGAAAGGACAAAGAACCCUCAAGAUUUCUGAUUUGGAAAUAACAGGUGAUGGGGAACACAUGCUGAGUAUUUGUAGAGACAAUGCAAUAAUGUUCUUCAACAAAGAAACCAAGGAUGAGAGAUUUAUUGAAGAGGACCAGACAAUAACUUCCUUCUCUUUGUCAAAUGAUAGCAGAUUCUUGUUGGUUAAUCUUUUGAACCAAGAAAUUCAUCUUUGGAAUAUAGGUGGUGAUCCUAAACUUGUUGGCAAGUACAGAAGUCACAAACGCACACGGUUUAUUAUUAAAUCUUGCUUUGGCGGACUUAAGCAAUCUUUUAUUGCUAGUGGUAGUGAGGAUUCGCAGGUUUACAUAUGGCACAGAAGCUCUGGGGAUUUAAUAGAGGCAUUGCCUGGUCAUUCUGGAGCUGUUAACUGUGUGAGCUGGAAUCCAGCUAACCCACACAUGUUAGCCUCAGCCAGUGAUGACCGGACAAUUCGGAUAUGGGGCUUAAAGCGCCUGAAUGUAAAGUAUCCAAAUGUACGCAGCAAUGGCAUCCAUUACUGCAAUGGGGGCUAACUUUAGAUGAACUCAAACUAUUUCAAUUCCAUUUCUUUUUUAACAUUGCAAUUGUGUAAAUACCUUCACUAUCACAAGUAGACAUUCAUACCAAACAUGCAUCUGACUUGUCAUCAAUCUCAAAUAAAUUCUUGUUUCAUUUCGGCCUU